AUGGUACUACUUUUAGAUAAAGAAAACUUACACAAACAAACAUUUCGUUCACAGUCCCCAGAGGCUGACAUGGGGGCAGGUACACCCAAAGGCAAAAGGCGCAAACUGAUCAGGAGGAUACCACUAUCAGAGUUUAUGAACAAACCUGGUGAGGCACUGACCACUUCACCUGUCCCUCCGUAUACGAUUGCCACAGUAGCUGAGGUGCCAGAGACACCUGUCCCUCCCUACCGCCAAACUCCAGCACCCCUAGUGGUCUCUCAGAUGUACAUGCAUAGGAUUGUGUCGGACCGUUGGGAAGCAGAAAUCAAGCAUUGCAAGGCAGAAAUCAAGCACUCGGAAUCAAGACUGAAGGCACUUGAAGAAGACGUAAGGGCGGACGAGGAGCUAAGGGUGUAUUCGGAUGGAUCUGCAAUAGAUGGAGGAGUGGGUGGAGCUGCAGUAAUGAUGGAGGGAAAUAGGAUGUUGAGGGAGAGCAGGUUUUACUUGGGAAAAGCGGACACACACAUGGUGUAUGAGGGAGAGGUAGUGGGCAUGAUCCUUGCAGUCAAGCUGUUCGAGGCGGAGCUAAAGUCGAGGGGAGGAGGAAACAGGACGAUGGCCUUGGGCGUGGAUAACCAGGCGGCAAUCAAGGCUUUGCUCUUGUUCUGGUCAAAGUGCAGCCACUACCUGAUCAACAAAUUCCAUGACAACUUACGCUCCCUCCUCCCCAAUGUGAGUGAUGGGAAACUAAUCAUACAGUGGGCAGCAGGGCACAUCGGCAUCACUGGCAACGAGAUAGCUGACGAACAAGCUAAGAAGGCAGCACGAGGAGAAACAUCAGACACGCACCUCCUACCCACCUCACUCCACUUGCCAACCAAUACACCCCUCAUCCUCCCAACCAGCAAAUCCACCAUCAAGCAAAGCUUCCGUACCAUGAUCAACGAAGAGGCAAAGACUAUCUUGAAGUGCUCACCCUGCUAUGACAGAUUCAAAGAAAUAGACCCUUCCUUCCUGUCCAAUCAGUUCGUAAAGAUUGCAAACGAAUUCCCAAGAUGGCACACAGCCCUACUCGUCCAGCUGCACACUGGCCAUGCACCCCUAAACAAGCACCUUUUCAAGAUAGCAAGAGUGCCCUCCCCCAUGUGCCCAGCCUGCGAGGAGAGCGAGGAAUCAGUCCACCAUUUCCUACUAUCGUGCCCAGCAUACACAAGACAAAGAGCAAUCCUAAAGGCAGAACUAGGGACCUGA